UACAGAUUUGCUUCCAUAGUUUUCAACCUUUUUUUUUUAGUUCAAACGCCGCAUGGUUAGCAGGUUAACUUAAACUUCCAAAGCAGAUAAAAAUGUGUAUCCUAGUAACAGGUGACGCAAUCAAAGAAGAGCCAAUCAGAGGCUGCAGCCGGAUGGGGAAGUUCGCUACUUCUUCUGAACCGCCUUGUGUAGAAGUUGUGUUUCUGAGUAGACUUUGACCGUACGUGAAGAUGAAGAGCGUCCUGAUACUCAUCCUCGCGGCUUUUCACGCGCCUCUCGGGAGCUGCCUCUGCCCGUACCCGCCGGAAGAGUGGUGCUCGUCCGUGACCGCGGCCACCGAGUGCGGGGUCCUGAAGCAGUGCCUGGAGAAGAAUGCCAGCCGCUCUGGUCUGGCAGCUGAGCCUGUCCAGGUGGGGCUUUACUAUGAGAGCUUGUGUCCAGGCUGCAGGGAAUUUCUGGUGGAAAUGAUCAUGCCCACCUGGAUCCUGCUGAAUGACAUCAUGACUGUCCACCUGGUGCCCUUUGGCAAUGCACAGGAAAAGACAGAGGGACAGAAGUAUGUUUUUGAGUGCCAGCAUGGGGAAGACGAGUGCCAGGGCAACCUGAUCGAGACUUGUUUACUGAACAUGACGAACAUGGCCUUCCCAAUCAUCUUUUGUAUGGAGUCGUCCACCGACGUUCUGGGCUCAGUUGAGAGCUGUCUGAAGGUGUACGAGCCUCAGCUCAGCAUGGACAAACUCAACGGCUGCGUGAAGGGAGACCUGGGAAACCAGCUGAUGCAUCAGAAUGCCCUUCAGACCGCGGGCCUGAAGCCGCCACACCAGUAUGUGCCCUGGGUGACCAUCAAUGGGGAACACUCAGACGACCUGCAGCAAAAGGCCUCAACGUCACUUUUCAGUCUGGUUUGCAGCUUGUAUAAGGGCCCAAAGCCAGCGGCCUGUGGGGGGAGCCAGACACAACACUCCAGGAGUUACUGCAUCAACAAGUGAGCAGCCUGCAUCUACGCUGCACACAGUUCCUGGCUGAGAACACCUUCUACUUGUUCCUGUUUGACUUUUGUACUGGAGAAACACCAAACUGUCUUUUAUGGAAUGUCAUAACUGAACAAACAUGCUACUUUGGUAAAACAA